AUGGCAUCAUCACCCAACAUCACUCUCUACACGGCCGGCACCGCCAACGGUUACAAAGUCAGCAUUCUCCUCGAGGAACUCAAUCUCCCGUACGAGAUCCACACAUUGGACCUGGGCGCAAACGAGCAAAAAGAAGCAUGGUUUCUCAAAAUCAACCCCAACGGCCGCAUUCCCGCCAUCACAGACGGCGAGAACCGGGUAUUUGAAAGCGGUGCCAUCCUUCUCUACCUCGCCGACAAAUACGACACAGAACGCAAGUUUAGCUACGCCCCGGGUACUCCGGAAUAUGCAGAGCAGUUGAGCUGGCUGAUGUGGCAAAUGGGUGGCCUAGGGCCUAUGCAAGGACAAGCCAAUCAUUUCUCAACUUUUGCCGAGGUCCGCUCCGACUACGGCAUUAAGAGAUUCACAGACGAGACGAAACGGUUGUACUCCGUUCUGGAAUCGCGUCUGCAGGAAUCGCCAUACCUGGCCGGCGACAAGCUCACCAUCGCGGAUAUCACUAGCUUUGCGUGGGUGAUUGUUGGUCCGUUGGCUUUGGACUUGCAGUUGGGGGAGUGGCCGGCGCUGAAAAAGUGGAGUGAGACUAUCGCUGAGAGAGAGGCUGUUCAAAGGGGAUUGAAGAUUCCGCCGUCGAGGUUACCCCAGGAUGAGAUGGUUGAGUUUUUGGCGGGUAAGCGGAGGGAGAUCCAAGCGAAGGGGAAUGCGGAUAAGUACUGA